UCCUGCUGCUCUGACGUCAAUGGACGGUAACUGUGAGAACAUAAUGGCUUGUGCACAGAGAGGUUCAUUGGUUUCCUGCCGCACAGCUGCCUGUAGUCCCAGUGUCUGCUGCUAGCGCCGCUAUUACAAUUGUGCGAGGGAAUGGGGGCUGCUGCACAACGCUCGGCACUUUGUGAACACUUACGCCGCGGCGACUUGAAGAUCUGACUUUAUAGGACCUGUGCAAAGUCGGCCCGAUUGCUUUGCGUUUUGGUGUCAGACGUUUGCCUGGAUGUAGUGGAAUCGCGCUGGAGCACACGGCAGUGGCACAAUGCACUCGGUAACGCGCUCCAUUUGGGAAUUGUCUGUCACCGUCAACUUUGCAAAGAAGUCCGGCGAUUGCAUGCGAUCUAGCAGCUGAAUGUUGUUGGCCUUUAGCUGGGUUGCACUUGUCCACGAGGAAUGGUUGAGGAGAUGAGCCCCCGGUGACUUUUGCAUGUGCCUGCGAUUCCUCCUGUCGCUGCGACUUGUUGGGGGUGUGAGCACUGAUCGUGCCGGUUGAUGUCUGUUUCCCAUUGGAGCUUCCUGGCCCGGCUCCCAGCAUGGUCAUGGCGGACUGUCAGCAGCCUGUACAGAGGGGUCCUGUCCGGGUCGGAUUUUAUGACAUAGAACGCACUUUAGGCAAAGGCAAUUUCGCUGUAGUGAAGCUGGCCAGGCACCGGAUCACCAAAACCGAGGUUGCAAUAAAGAUCAUUGACAAGUCUCAGCUGGACUCUGUGAAUUUGGAGAAGAUCUAUAGAGAGGUGCAGAUAAUGAAGAUGCUGGAUCAUCCCCACAUUAUCAAGCUUUACCAGGUUAUGGAAACCAAAAACAUGCUGUAUCUUGUGACGGAAUAUGCCAAAAAUGGAGAGAUUUUUGAUUACUUGGCGAAUCAUGGGCGUCUCAACGAGCCUGAGGCUAGGCGGAAAUUCUGGCAGAUCCUCUCCGCGGUCGAGUACUGCCACAGCCGAAAUAUAGUGCACAGAGAUUUAAAAGCUGAAAAUCUGCUGCUGGACAACCACAUGAACAUUAAAAUUGCUGAUUUUGGGUUUGGCAACUUUUACAAGACUGGAGAACCUCUGGCCACGUGGUGCGGAAGUCCACCUUACGCAGCCCCAGAAGUCUUUGAGGGUCAGCAAUACGAGGGACCACAGCUGGAUAUAUGGAGCAUGGGGGUUGUGCUGUAUGUCUUGGUGUGUGGUGCGUUACCUUUUGAUGGACUUACGCUGCCUAUCCUGAGACAGAGAGUUCUAGAAGGGAGAUUCCGGAUUCCUUAUUUUAUGUCUGAAGAAUGUGAACACUUAAUACGAAGGAUGCUUGUACUGGAGCCUUCAAAACGUCUGUCUAUUGCACAAAUAAAAGAGCAUAAAUGGAUGAUGGCUGAAGUCCCUGUUCACAGGCCAGUUCUCUACUCACAAACCCCGGACAAAGAGGCUUCGAUUGGUGAAUACAAUGAACAGGUUUUGCGACUCAUGCACAGCCUGGGAAUCGACCAGCAGAAAACUAUCGAGUCCCUGCAGAACCGUAGCUACAACCACUUUGCUGCUAUCUAUUACCUGUUAGUGGAAAGGCUAAAAUCUCACCGCAGCAGCUUCCCUGUGGAGUCCAGGAUUGACGCACGGCAACGUCGACCCAGCACCGUCGCUGAGCAGACAGUCACCAAGGCCAGCACUGUUGUCCCUCCUGUGACUCUGCUGCCUCAGAACAUAAUGUUGCUGAGGGCUCCAGUUCUCCCAGAAGCCUCUACUGCAGAAACAUUCUCCUAUCCUCCAAUCAGCAGCCAGACUGAAUCCACAUUCCUAGAGGAAGAAGGUGUAAACACACCCCCGGUUAAUGGCUGCCUUUUGGACCCAUUGCCUCCAAUUACUAUAAGGAAAGGAUGUCAGUCAUUGCCCUGCAACAUGAUGGAGACAUCUAUUGAUGAAGGCAUUGAGACAGAGGAUGAUACUGAGGAGGACUCGGCACAAGCGUUUGCAGCUUGUCAGGGCAGGCGCAGUGGACAGAGGCGACAUACUCUAUCGGAAGUAACCAAUCAGAUGGCUAGGCUACCCAGUGGGGGACAAGAUAUGGAAGGCAAACUUUUCACCAUUGGGAACAACCCAUCUCUGGGAAGUGUAGAUUCUGAAUACGACAUGGGUUCUGUUCAGAGUGAUCUCAAUUUCCAAGAUGAUGGGACCAUGAAAGAAGUGGUUAUGGCAAAUCAACCGGCCACCAGAUUGACACCACCGUUCAUAGGACUGCGACCAACCAAUUUAGCUAUGCCCACACUUCCCUCCCAAAAACGGGAGGCUCAUAACAGGUCUCCCGUCAGUUUUAGAGAAGGCAGACGGGCAUCAGAUACCUCUCUUACACAAGGUAUUGUGGCUUUCCGUCAACAUCUGCAGAACCUGGCCAGGACAAAGGGCAUCUUAGAGCUCAACAAAAUUCAGAUGUUUUAUGAACAGAUGGGACCUGAUGAGGAGCAAAAUGUCACUAGCGUUCCAAACCACCCGCUGGAUAUGUCUGCGCAACUCCCAAAUGUAUCCACGUUUCCCAAUGGCAUGCACCACCAAUUACUCUCUAGACGCCAGAGUUUGGAGACACAGUAUUUACAGCACAGGCUGCAGCAAGCAAAUUUGCUGGCCCAAGGCCAGAACAGCUGCCAGUUGUAUUGUAAAGAAACACCAAGGAGCCUGGAGCAGCAGUUACAGGAACAUAGAUUGCUCCAGAAACGUCUUUUCCUUCAAAAGCAACCGCAGCUGCAGGCUUAUUUCAACCAGAUGCAGAUAGCUGAAACCUCUUAUCCCAUGCAGACACCGCAGCUACCCUUGUCACACCAGGACCCAGUGCAACAGACACAAUUUGGUUUGUCUCAGCCACUUAGCCCUGUUAUGGAACCAGCUUCUGAUGAAAUGCAAUAUGACCCAUUCUUAAGUCAGUAUCACAAGUUACAUUCCCAGCAGAUGCAGAACCUGGUGCAACCUAGCCAGCCACAGGUAACGGCACAGAUGUCUGUGCAACAACCUUCUUUGCAGUAUGCUUAUCAGACCUGUGAAUUAUCAGGAGUGCCAUCCCACGAGCCAGAAUACACAAACCAGUGUCAGUAUUCUAUGAACUCAACUCAACAAGGUGUUAUGACUUUGCCUGAAAACCAGAGUAAUCUAGCAGGACCUGGCCCACAGUCGUCUUAUGAAACACUGGCCCUCGGCGAGCCGUGUGACUGCGAAAUGAUGGAGACUGUUGAUUCACAUAGUGGAUAUGUUUUAGUAAAUUAGACAUUGUAUGGAAUACUGUGUCUGUGGUCAUGCUUCAGGGCAAGGCUGAAAAAAUUAAGGAAGAAAGUGCGAAUUUUUAAAAGCUUUUUAUUCUUGUUGUCCCACCCAAAUAAGAAAAAAAAAUCAUUACUUAUCCUCCUGCCCUUGGCCUCAUUCCAGCGUUAAAAAAGCUGGUUUGCUGAGAUUCCAGAUUUAGUGUCCUAGAAACCUGAGGUCCUGUAGAGGAGAAAUUACAGGAGUAUAUCAUACUGACCUCCUACAGCACAAUAAGACACUGGACUUUAUAAAAUGACCUCAGAUCUAAAUUGCGGAGUUCAUCUUUUAUUAAGCAAUAUUCAUUUUGUGGGAAGGAAUUGUUCUUUUUAAUGUAAUCCUUAUUGUAAAAAGGAAAUAAAAACUCCACCAACAUUGCUUAGAACAUGACUGCAUUCUAAGUGACUGACUUUGGCAGCAAGCACCUUGCAGUACAACACGGAGAAGCUGGGAACCCAAACCAGCUACCCGACUUCUACACUAAUGUUGCUUGGAGAAACAGGACGUUAGAAGCCUUGGGAAAAGGAAGAGACUUGAAUGUGAAUGCACAAAAUAACAUUACAGUACUGUUUUUGAAAUUAGCUUGAGCUCUUGGAAAAACCUAUGAUAAUAACCGGAGUGUUUGAACUUGAGAACCAAGGCAAGACAUACAAUGUUCCUCAUUGUAGUGCUUCAAGCUCACUUUUAGAGACACACGGCAGCCUUAGGAGACAAGACAAGGCGUGUCACUUUUUAAGAAUACAAUGAAGAAAUAAUAAUUCAGACUAUGUUUUGAAGUCACAGUAAUAUUGUAUGUUGCUGUUUGUUGAAGAAGCUUUGUACAUUUGGUAACUAUCUAGAUUUUAGAAUCAGGAAA